CUGCAAAACGGCCUGCGCCAGUUCCCCGACUUCCCCGAGCCCGGCAUUCUCUUUGAAGACAUCAUGCCCCUCUUCGCCUCGCACGACCUCUUCAGCAGCCUCAUCACCGCCCUCGAGCUCCAAGUCGCCUCUGUCUUUGGCACCACGACCGGCGAAAAGAGCGGCAUCGAUGUUGUCGUCGGCCUCGAGAGUAGAGGGUUCCUGUUCGGCCCGACUUUGGCACUGCGACUGGGCGCUGGCUUCGUGCCGGUGAGGAAGAAGGGCAAGUUGCCUGGCGAGUGCGUUACCGAGACGUUCAAGAAAGAAUAUGGCGAGGAUGUGUUCCAGAUGCAGAGCGACGCUAUCAAGCCUGGGCAAAAGGUGGUCAUUGUGGACGAUAUCAUUGCGACUGGUGGCACUGCAGCCGCAGCUGGCAAUCUCGUCCAAAAGCUCGGCGGGAAGCUCCUCGGAUACAUCUUCAUGAUGGAGCUCGACUUCCUCAAGGGCAGAGACAAGCUCAAUGCUCCAGUCCAUACUCUCUUCAGCGGUCAAGAC